AUGGUCACCCCUACAGGUUUUGAUGACUACAGUCUUUACAGUGUCCUGUCAGAUGAGGAGCUGAUGAAGCUGGCCAUCGAUCGCAGCCUCAUUGAGGACACCCAUCCUGGUAUGGUGAACACAUGUGGUAGUUACAAUCAGACCCCACUUCUUUUGGCUGCCGUCUUUCAACAAGUGAACUGUGUGGAGUGCCUUCUGGACAGAGGUGCCAAUCCAGACAUUGCCAAUAAGAAUGGAGAAACACCACUCAUCAAAGCUUGUGAGAAGUCCAAUGUGGAGAUUGUAGACCACCUCCUGAAGUAUGGAGCCUCAGUACACAAGGCUUGUGUUCAGGGUGUGACACCUCUCCAUGAAGCAGCCGGGCAUGCGAAUGUGGAAAUUUGCCAGAUGUUGUUGGAGGCCGGGGCCAAGCUUAAUGCAGUCAAUAAUUACAGGAUGGAACCUUUCUAUAUGGCAACACAGAAUGGGGGAGUGGACGUGUUGCACUUCUUGAUUAGCAAAGGUGCUGAUAUAAACUGCCAGGCAAGGGAUGGGGAAACACCUCUGUAUGAGGCAAGUAAGAAUGGCUACAAGGAAGUUGUGGAACUGCUUCUAUCUCAUAAAGCAGAUGCUAACCGAGCAACCAAGUCUGGCCUCCUGCCUCUUCAUAUUGCUGUCCAGAAAGGACAUUUUGACAUUGUGUCCAUGCUGAUCCCUGCCACCAGCAAGGUCAAAGUUCAACGCAGUGGCAUCAGUCCCCUCCACCUGGCUGCCGAGCACAACCGGGACUGGAUCCUGGAGAUCCUUAUCGAGGCAGGCUAUGACGUCAAUUUCCAGCUCGCAGAAGACCGAUCGAAAAUGUAUGAGGAUCAUCGCAGCACAGCACUCUACUUUGCUGUCUCCAACAGCAACCUAGAGGCCGCUGAAAUGCUUCUGGAUGCAGGCGCAAACCCCAACCUUGACAUGUUCAACCCUCUUCUUGUCGCUGUGAGGCAGGGUUACAUAGAAAUGAUCACCGCUCUGGUGGAGCAUGGAGCUAACAUGAAUGCGUCCAUCCCCACACACCCCUGCUCCUUCCCGGCAGUGGUCAUGCUCGGUAUGAAGUAUCUGCACAUCCUGAACUAUCUGAAGUAUCUGAUGUCCAAUGGCUGUGAUGCCCUUUCCUGUUUUGAUUGCACAUAUGGCAGCAAGCCACACCCACCCCUGAAAACUUCAAGAAGGGUCAGCAUCUUCGGCGAAACUGUGCGCUACGUUACUGAUGAGGACGAAGCUCGACGCAACACUUGCGUCCAGUUCUGUGAGGCAAUCUCCGAUCCGACAAUUAGCCGCUGGGCAGGACCCAUCAUAGAUGUGCUCCUGGAUUACGUUGGCCAUGUAAAACUCUGCUCCCGGCUGAUUGAGAACCUGGAUAGCUACCGUGACUGGGCAGGAAUCAAGGUGAAAGCAAUGCCACCACAUUCACUGAUGCAGUUGUGCAGACUGAAGAUCCAUCAGCAGGUUGGAAUCCCCAGACUGAGGCACAUUGACACCCUGCCCCUCCCACCAAGACUAAUCAAGUUCCUCAACUACAAAAAGGUAAAUUCACAGGAUGUCUAGGAAUUUAUUUUUGUUUUGUUGACUCUAAGUUCACAGAUUCCGUGACUUGUUUUCAAUAAAUGUGAUUGUUUUGCAUAUUGUAAGCCAGUUGAGAUGAAGGGGGAAUGUUUCUUUGCACAGUUGUGUACUGCAUAAUAGGCUUGAUUUGAUAUUACAAUGGCAGGAGUAACAUUCAAAUGAAUCUACUGUAAAUGAUGUGUAAAUGUAUGUACUUGCAGGUAUUUGGGUUUGGUUAGCAAUAGCAACUCUGACUCUUAUUGAUUACUAAAUUAAUUGUUUACCCUGCGCAGUGAGAUUUUAUUUUACUAAAGUACAGGGAAGUUGCCUGUAUCAGAAAAUAAACCACAGCUUGGAAUGCUUCUCAGGCAAUCAGAUUGUUUGGCUGGAACUAUCCGUUAUAUAAUUGAAUAUAGUGAUUUCAGUACUGUAUUGUGUACAAAGGUCUGUUGCCACAGGUGGGUGGAACUAUUUCAGUUUUUAAUGUAAAAAAAAAAGUAAAUGUUUCUAUGAAUAUUGCAGAUUUAUUGACAGAUUUAUUAUGACUCAUGUAAUGCUAAUGAUAUCAUCAGUACUUGCUUGAAGUAGAGCCAUACAAUGUCAAACACUGUAUAAAUAAAGUCUUAAAGGAUAACUAUAUUCAUUAGUCCACUGUUGAUACAGUCCCAAAAAUGUUUUGCAUGUCAGCAGUCAAGUUUUUAAGAUAUUGGACUUCCAAGGAGCAAUAUUUCACCGGCCACAUCAUUAUGUUGAUGCAGGUCAGAUGACAUAAAAAUGUAGCUCUUUGACCACGCACAACAGUGGAAGUUGGGCAUAGAAAUAAGGAUGCUUUAGCAGAAAAAUAUGAUGGUGGAUCUUUGAUAUUAACGGUUUGAAUGUGUUCGCAUUCGAGAAGUCAAAGAAAUUAUCCUGAUAGCUGAAAGUGCACUAAUUACUUACUUAGUCCCAUUCGAUUAUCAAUGAAAUACAUAUAAUUGUAACGGCUGUCUUCCUCCUCCUCUGACGAGGAGGAGUAGUAAGGAUCGGAGGACCAAGGUGCAGCGUGGUAAGUAUUCAUUAUGCCUUUUAAUGAAAACGAAACUCGAACAAAACAACAAAACUAACGAUAAACGAGAAUGAAACGAAACAGUCCUGUCUGGUGACAUACACAAAGACAGAAAAUAAGCACCC